UCUCACUCCUCUUAACAAUGAUACCCUUUAGCCUUUAUGCAGACUAGUGAGGAUACAACACACGUUACUCAACACAAUACAGUACCUAAAUUCCUUGCACGUUUCUCUGAAUCCUCCUCCUCCUCCUCCUCCAUCUCUCACACCCCAUCAAUGGCUGCCAACAGAUUUGCGACCUUACUUCACAGAAACACCAACCCUGUUGUUGUAACUCUGGUUUAUGCAGUUCUAGAAUGGGUGUUGAUACUGCUUCUUCUUCUGAAUUCUCUGUUCAGUUAUCUCAUCACAAAGUUUGCCAAAUGGGUUGGCCUCAAGCCUCCGUGUCUGCUUUGUUCAAGGCUCGAUCAUGUUCUAGAGCCAGAGAAGAAGUGCAGGGUUUUGCAGAGCGAUGUUGUGUGUGAAACUCACGCGGCUGAGAUUUCCAAGAUGGGUUUCUGCUCUAUCCAUGGGAAAAUGGCGGAGACACAGAGCAUGUGUGAGGAUUGCUUGGUCUCCAUUAGAGGGAUGGCUUUUGUUUCGUGGUUCUGUGAGAAAUCAGAGAGAUGCUCAUGCUGCGAUAAGAGCUUGAGAACUACUUACACAAGCAAAGAGACUUUGAUUGUGGAAGCAUCCGAUGACGACGACGACGAUGAAGACGAUGAGGAAGAAGAAGGAGAUAGAGAGUGCGAUCAUCGGAUACUUUUUGAUGUUGAGAGUUUUAUACUCAGAGAAGUUGCAGAGGAUCGUUCAAACAGUUCGGUUUCAAAGGAUGCAGAGAAAGAUGAGAAAGAAGAUGAUCUUCUUAUCAUUAAAGAGACGGAUCCGAUUAGUGAAUCUCACACCAAUCUUCUCCGUCGUUUCUCUGAGUCUGUUUGGGAAGAUAGAUCGUUAGAUUGCAUCAGUAUGCAUUUGGAAACCAAUGUAGAUGAUGAAGAUCAGCGUGUAAUACCUGUGGAGUUAAUAGACUCUUUUACCUCUGCAAAUUUUGAACCAUCUAAAUCAGAAGAGGUUACUGUGAAGAAAGAGCGAAAGAUCGAAACUUUGGCCUCUGAGCCAUCAAUUGAAGAGGAAAUAAGCAUGGCUGGCUUGGAGAAUCAUAUGGUUUUGGAAGAAGAUGAAGAGUUAAAAAAUGAUGGCGAUAAUACUGUUGAAUCAGCCGUGGAAAAGCAAGAUGAUGAACAAGCACUUGAAUGCACCCAAGAAGAUCAAUGCUCUUCAAGUGACGAUGAUGCUGAAGUUCAAAAUGCCUUUGAUGAAUUCAUUGCUCAGAAUCAUCUUUGCCAGUCUCAGUCUUUUUGUGGUGACAACAACAUAGAAACAACCCUAGAAGAAGCAGAUGAUGCACAAGCCAAUCUGCCUCAUUCUGAACAACCCUCCUGUUCUUGUGAAUGCAUAGAAGAUGACCAAUCCUUAACAAGCGACGAUGAUGCCGAAGUUCCUGAUGCCUUUGAUAAAUUCAUUUCUCAGAAUAACCUUUGUCUAGUUGAAACUGGCGCAAAUGAUAAUGAUCAUGCUGAACCAAGUUUGCUUGGGGAAAAUCAUGAAGAAACAAACCAUCAUCAAUCAUCAAAAUCCUCUGAGGAAGAUGAAGUAGAAGAAGACAAGCUUCCUGAAACUCCAAGUUCUGUGGAUGGCCUGCAUUACCUGCACAAGAAACUUUUGCUUUAUGAGAAAACAGAAUCUGGGGCAGCAGAAGACUCUGUGGAUGGCAGUGAGAUAGAAAAUAGCGACUCUUUAUCGACAAUCGAACAGCUAAAAACAGCUUUAAAGGCGGAGAGAAAGGCUCUAAGUGCUCUAUACCAAGAGCUAGAAGAAGAGCGAGGUGCCUCAGCAAUUGCAGCAAACCAGACAAUGGCUAUGAUCACCAGGCUGCAAGAAGAAAAAGCAGCAGUGCAGAUGGAGGCAUUGCAAUACCAGAGAAUGAUGGAAGAACAAUCAGAGUAUGAUCAAGAAGCCUUACAGCUCUUGAAUGAUCUCAUGGUGAAAAGAGAAAGAGAGAAGAAAGAGCUUGAGAAGGAGCUGGAAGAGUACAAACAGAAGGUAAUGGAUUUUGAAGCCAGAGAGAAAUUAAGGGUCUUGAGAAGAAUGAAAAAUGGAAGUGAUAGGAGUAGGGAAUCCUCUUCUUCUCCUUCUUUGGGUGAAGACGCUGAGGAGCAAUCCAUUGAUCUGAACUGUGAACCAAGGGAAGAAGAAGAUAACAUUAACACAACUACUUCUAUAGAUACAGUUUCAAGCUUGGAGGAAAUGACAAUGGACUGCUUGAAGCACAUGAAUGCUCUUGAUAGUUCAUUAGCAGAAUUUGAGGAAGAGAAACUGUCAAUUCUAGACCAGCUCAAAGCAUUAGAGGAAAAGCUCAUAAAUUUGGGUGAUAAAGAGCAGCUUCUUGAUGACUUGAACCAGAACUGCUUUUUUAGCAGUCCACAGCAAGACUUGUUCUGUAAUAAUGAUGUUUAUUCAGAUGAUAAACAAUGUCAUUCUCCAAGAAUGCCAAUGGGUUCUCUGGCAAAGAGGCUGCUUCCAUUUUUAGAUGCAGCCAAUGAUGAUGAGACAGAAGAACCAUAUUCAUGUGGAUGGCAAGAGGAGAUCUCAGCAGGUCCGACUGAAAGUACAACUAUGAAAGUGUCCAUUGAGGAAGAAGUUGAUCAUGUUUAUGAGAAGCUACAAGCUCUUGAAACUGACACCGAGUUUCUGAGGAGCUGUAUGGGAUCCACAGAACAGGGAGAUCAGAAAGGAGUGAAUCUUCUUCAGGAUAUAUUGCAGCAUCUUCGUGAUCUCAAGGCUGUGGAACUCAGGUUAAAUGAGUUGGGUGAUGCCGAUCCACUGAGGUGAAGAGAAGUUGCAUUAAUCAAACAAAAGAUCGGAAGGCACGAGGUGUGUAUUAAUUUCUGCUUUGUUCCAAACAAGACUUAGUGAGUAAGAGUCCUCUGUUUGCUAUUUUCAGGCUCUUAUUGUGGAAAGAGAAAUUUUUUUGUAUCUUGAAAUCAAAUUUUCAUUGUCUAAAAUAUUCUUUUACUUUCUUUC